AUGUGUUUAAAUGUGGAGAUUCUGCGAGUGAUCGUGUUCGACUCAACUCGGCCCGCGGCACGGCUGGUCCGUCCCUCCCCUGUACUGCACCCGACACCUCCCCCGGCGCUGACCGCCCUCUGUCGCCGGCAGCGGGAGCUGAAGGAGCUGCGCGCGUUCGAGUUGCUGGAGCAGGCGGCGCUCGACUCCAGUUUCAGCUCCAACUCGUCGUUCCCGCGGGCCGGCACCGUGGUCCGGCCGAACGUGGCCGCGGCCGGUGUAACGCCCCCGCCGGGCCGGCCCGACUGGUCGGCGGCGCCGUGCGGUCGGCCGCCCGACUCGGAGGCCUCUCUGGACGCGUCGCUGGCGGUCUCGCCGGCGCGCGCCGCCGCCCCGGCCGACCCGGAGCCGGAGGAGGAGCCGGAGGAGGAGCAGGGUGACCGGCUGGAGCGGUACCGCCGGCUGCGCGACCAGCUGCGCCGCGAGCUGGACGGCCGGUGUGAGCGCGCCGCCGGCCCGGCCGGCUGGGCGGAUCCGCUGCGCAGGUCGGUGCGCUUCGACGACCAGCCGGACGAUUCGGGCCCCGCGCGGCCGGCCGGACGGACGGAGUCGACCCGUCGGCCGGCCGGCGCCGAGCCCUUCCUCUUUGACCGCGCCGGCCUGGAGCGGCAGCGCGCCGCGCUGGACCGUGAGGCGGCCACCUUCCGCGAGGAGAACGCGCUGCUGUCGCGACUGCGGGCCGACCUGCAGCGGCAGCGGCUCGACCUGGACUCCGAGAAAGAGCGCUGGGAGCGCCAGAAGGCAGAGGACGCGGAGCGCAUGGCCAGGAGGACAGAGCAGGAGAGAAAGAAACUGGCCGACGAAAGGAAACAGUUCGAGGCCGAGAAGAAAAGGCACACCGAGGAGUGGAGGAAAAGAGAAACGCCCGAACUGAAGGCGCUUCAUGCUAAGGUGACGGCACUGGAGGCUGAGCUGGGCCGCCGCGGCAGCUCGUGGUCACAGGACGCGGCGCGACUGCGCGCCCGCCUGGCUCACCUGACGGCCGACCGCGACCGUCUGGAGCGGCUGCUGCAGAGCGCCCACCAGCAGCUGGCCAGGCGCAACGCGCGCCAGUUCAGCGCCGGCGCCGGACCGCACCGGUCGGGCUCUGUGGAGGGGGACGAGCCGGCGGCCGGCCGGCGCCGCACGACCCUCUCUCGACACCGGUCAGCUCCGGACCUGGCGGACGGCGGGGGAAGUACCAGUUCCGUGUCCACCGCCGGAGGGCGCAGCAGUCGCGGCAGCGGGCCGGACCGGGGCGGCAGGAAGGCGACAGGGGCGGGCGGCAGGAGCCGGGGGCCGGCCCAGGACCGAGACCUGCCGGCGGAGAGCCGGGGGCCGGCCGGGACGCCGACCGGCCGCGGCGGCCAGACCCAGCGUCCCGCGGACGGCCGUCCCGCCGCGGCCGCCGUCUCAGCCUCGCCGUUCCCGUGGCCGGCGCCGGCGCCGGCGCCGCCCGGCCGGGACCCGGCGCUCGCUCUAUCGGUAUCCACCCUGUCCUCCUCUGCUCUGUCCGUGCCGGCCGGCGGAGCGGCGGACUCCCCCGGCGGAGCGGCGGAGUCCGCCGGCAGCCGGCGGGAUAAGCUGUCGGACGGCACCGUGCGCGUCUGCUACCAGAACGGAGACUGGAAGGAGACCAGUCCGCAGGGGGACACGGUGUACUUUUACGCGGCGAGCGGCACGCGCCAGACCACGUACCGGAACGGCUCGGAGCUGACGGAGUUCAGCAGUGGCCAGCUGGAGCGGCGCGACCCGGACGGCAGCACGGAGAUCAGGUACCCGUGCGGCUCUGUGACGGUUCUGCUGUCCAACGGUGAGCAGCAGACCGUCUACCGGGACGGCACGCGGCGCCGACUGCUCACUGACGGCAGCGAGGAGGUGCUCUUGCCCAGCGGUAAGCUGGAGGUGCACACGGACCGCUAUAAGAAGCUCGUCUGUCCGGACGGCACCAUCAAGUUUGUGUAUCCGGACGGCCGCCAGGAGACCCGGUAUCCCAACGGCCGGAUCCGCAUCCGCGACCGCCACGGACGCCUCGUGGUGGACACCCAGCCGUGACCGGAGCCGCCGAAGCCGCCAGGGGGAGGGGGGGGGGGACACUGGACACCAGUCGUGACCGGAGCCGCCGGAGUGGGAUCCGCUCGGUGGGGACAUUCCAUUGUAUCAAUGCUCAGCGCCCGUGACGUAGGAUAGCUCGGUGGAGCGGUACCCGAAUCUCCCUUGCGAUAGCUCAGCGGAGUGGUACAUUGUAGAGUCUUCCCCGCGAUAGCUCAGCGGAAUGGUAUCGAGUCUCCCACGCGAUAGCUCAGCGGAAUGGUGCCGGGUCUUCCCCGCGAUAGCUCAGCGGAAUGGUAUCGAGUCUUCCCCGCGAUGCCAAAGUAACCAAUGUGAUGAACUGCUGUGCGAGCUGAAACAGACCGUGCCUUACGGGUGUUUUUUUUUGUAACAUAUUUAUAUGUAUUUGUGUAUAUGACGUGUGCUGGACCAUGUUGAUGUUACGGCCCGCUGCCGGCGGCGUUCAGGCUCUAUACAGGUGUUCUGUUGAA